GCUGCGCUUCCAUCACGCGCACCGGGAGUCGUCGGGGACGGAGGUCCCUGGUGUGUUUUUCUCGCUUCCUCCGCCAGCUGGACUCGGCGGCGGAUAUCCCCGACAACAUGCCUGGGACGUAAAAGAUGAGCAGUGAAGGUCACCAUGGGUAGACAGCUUUCCUCAGCAUAACAACCAGCAGCUGAGGCUUCUAGCCCCCUGAAUCCAGCACCACCAUGGGGAAAGUGGUCCAGAUGCACUUCACCCCGGUGGACUACGUCAUCUUCGUCCUGCUGCUGGUGGCCUCUGCUGGCAUCGGCCUCUUCUACGCCUUCUCUGGGGGCCGCCAGCGCACCACCCAGGAGUUUCUGAUGGCCGACCGUUCUAUGAGCUGCCUGCCCGUGUCCCUGUCCCUGCUGGCCACCUUCCAAUCAGCUGUGGCCAUCCUAGGCGCUCCGUCUGAGGUGUACGCGUUUGGGACACAGUACUGGUUCCUGGGCUGCUCCUACUUCUUGGGCCUGCUCAUCCCAGCCCAUGUUUUCAUCCCAAUCUUCUACAGGCUUCGGCUGUCCAGCGCCUACGAGUAUCUGGAACUGCGUUUUAACAAGAUGGUUCGCAUAUGUGGGACUGUGACCUUCAUCUUUCAGAUGGUCAUUUACAUGGGGGUUGUACUUUAUGCUCCUGCUCUGGCACUUAAUGCAGUGACAGGUUUUGACCUGUGGGGAGCAGUGUUGGCCAUGGGGUUAGUGUGUACUCUCUACACUGCUCUGGGGGGGCUGAAGGCAGUGAUCUGGACCGACGUGUUCCAGACCGUGGUGAUGUUUGUGGGGCAGCUGGCUGUCAUUGUGGUGGGAGCCAAUCAGGCUGGAGGGAUAGUCGAGGUGUGGAGGAAAGCGAUGAACGGCAGCCGCAUUGCUGGACUCGACCUGAACCCUGACCCCCUGGAGCGCCACACCUUCUGGACAUUGGGAGUGGGGGGAGUGUUCCUCAUGCUGGCGCUGUACGGUGUCAACCAGGCCCAGGUCCAGAGGUACCUCAGCUCCCGUACAGAGAAGGAGGCUGUCAUGUCCUGCUAUGUGGUUUUCCCAUGCCAGCAGAUUGUCCUCAGUUUGGGCUGCCUGAUGGGUCUGGUCAUGUUUGCUCUCUAUGGAGAGGACAGCCCUCUGGACAAGGGCUACGUGAAGGCCAACGACCAGAUGGUGCUGUACUUUGUUAUGGAUGUGUUCAAGGAUCUACCCGGCCUCCCCGGCCUGUUUGUGGCCUGUCUCUUCAGCGGAGCGCUCAGCACCAUCUCCUCAGCUUUCAACUCCUUGGCAACAGUAACUAUGGAGGACCUGAUAAAGCCUCAUUUUCCAAAUAUGACAGAAGCAAGAGCCACUCUUCUGUCCAAAGGACUUGCUUUAGCCUAUGGACUGGUGUGUCUGGCUAUGGCCUACGUUGCCUCCAUAAUGGGAUCAGUGCUGCAGGCAGCCUUCAGUAUCUUUGGGAUGGUGGGUGGCCCCCUGCUGGGACUCUUCUGUCUGGGGAUCUUCUUCCCUUGGGCCAACUCUGUUGGAGCAGUAGUCGGGCUAGCAGCAGGACUCGCCAUGGCCUUCUGGGUUGGGAUUGGAAACUUUGUGAUGCGAAUGUCUCGGCCCCCACCUGGACCCCAGCUCAACGCCACCGCUCUGCCACUGCUCCACAACAUGACCUCUACUGUCCUGAGCUCCCUGGUUACCAGCCCCACAGCCAAACCACGACCAACAGGGGUGGAAGCUCUCUACUCGCUGUCCUACAUGUGGUACAGUGCUCACAACUCAGCCACUGUGGUGGUGGUGGGUCUGCUCGUCAGCCUCAUAACAGGACCCAUGAAGGAGAGGGACCUGACCCCGGGAACGGUGUUCCCUGUCCUUGGAACGCUGCUGUUCUUCCUGCCGGAGCGCUACAAGGAGAAGAUGUGCUGCAUCACUCCUCUGACCCUGAAGCCCAAAGAAAUCAGCAGCCAGUCGUACCAGAUGGCCAAGAAGGACGGCAACGGGGCGGCAUGCUGCAGGGAGGACAAGGAGCUGGACAGCGACAGAGCUCAGACGGAGGACGUGGACAUGGACACACUGACCACACACACAGUCCAGGAGACAGCCUUAUGAUCCGAGAAGCACAAACACACUUUGUCCUGAGCUGCUGGUGGAUCCCGUCACCCUGGAGAAACACUGAUGUUAGACAAACUGAUUACAGAGGGUGUGGCCUGUCGGAGA